CCAUAGGAGGCGUACUGCUAAUCCGAGUGCUCUUCAUAGGAUUCAUGCAGCAUAUCCGACACUAAACACGAUUUAAACUUGAUUUCUGGCUGUUCGUGUUUAAUAAGUGAACGCCAUGUCAUACAAUUACGUGGUCACCGCGCAGAAGCCCACAGCAGUGAACGCCUGUAUUACAGGUCACUUCACAUCUGCUGAAGAUCUCAAUUUGCUGAUCGCUAAGAACACACGUCUGGAAAUUUAUGUGGUGACAGCUGAAGGUCUGCGGCCAGUCAAAGAGGUCGGCAUGUACGGCAAAGUCGCUGUCAUGGAGCUCUUCAGACCAAAGGGAGAGAGUAAAGAUCUUCUGUUUAUUCUGACCGCCAAAUACAACGCCUGUAUCCUGGAGUACAAACAGAACGGAGACAGCAUCGACAUCAUCACUCGUGCUCAUGGCAACGUGCAGGACCGGAUCGGGCGUCCGUCCGAGACUGGCAUCAUCGGGAUAGUGGAUCCGGAGUGUCGCAUGAUCGGCUUGCGUCUGUACGACGGGCUGUUUAAAGUCAUUCCACUGGACCGUGAUAAUCGUGAGCUGAAAGCCUUCAACAUUCGUCUGGAGGAGCUGCAGGUCAUUGAUGUUCAGUUCCUGUACGGCUGCCAGGCGCCAACCGUCUGCUUCAUAUAUCAGGACCCUCAGGGUCGACACGUGAAGACGUACGAGGUGUCUCUGAGGGAGAAGGAGUUCAAUAAAGGACCCUGGAAGCAAGAGAACGUAGAGGCUGAAGCUUCAAUGGUCAUUCCAGUCCCAGAGCCGUUUGGUGGCGCUAUAAUCAUUGGACAGGAGUCCAUCACGUAUCAUAACGGAGACAAAUACUUAGCCAUCGCACCACCAACUAUCAAGCAAAGCACCAUCGUGUGUCAUAACCGCGUGGAUCCCAACGGCUCACGCUAUCUGCUGGGUGACAUGGAGGGCCGAUUGUUCAUGCUUCUGCUGGAGAAAGAGGAGCUCAUGGACGGAGCCGUGGUGCUCAAAGACCUGCGGGUGGAGCUGUUAGGAGAGACAUCUAUCGCAGAGUGUCUGACAUAUCUGGACAAUGGUGUGGUGUUUGUGGGUUCCAGGCUUGGAGACUCUCAGCUAGUUAAGCUGAAUGUGGACAGUAAUGAUCAGGGCUCAUAUGUGGGGGUCAUGGAAACCUUCACUAAUCUGGGGCCGAUCGUGGACAUGUGUGUGGUUGAUCUGGAGAGACAGGGACAAGGACAG